AAAAAAAGUAUAAAUAGAACUGGAAUCCACGCUGAGUUUGUCUUACUCCCAGCGUCAGGCGAAUGAGACAGUCGACCCUUCUACGUGCAGCAUUGCUUCUCACCACUCAAGUUACAACACCAGCGUCGCCAUGCCAGCGGAUUUGCGUGUGCUGCUCGUGCUGCUGACGUGUGUUCGGUGCGGGUUCGGCCAGGUUCGGGUUCUACCGGACAGCCCGACGGUCUUGCGGAAAGAGGGGGAGGACAUCAUCUUCACCUGCAGUGACGACAGCACGUCUCUGGCCAAUCAGAAUCUGAGAUGGUACGGACCAACCGGAGCUGAGAUCAGUGGGACCGGCGUGCGCGUGUUCACGGAGAGCGGCCGGGGCCUGUCCCGGCUCAGAGUGCUGCAGAUCCGCCGCCAGGACGGAGGAAACUACACGUGUCGAGGGGAUACUGGGGACGAGCUGACAUCUGUGCUGGUAGUGUUCAAACCCAUCACGUUCGACAGCGCGCCGGCGCAGCAGAACUUCCAAGUCAACAGCGACGCAGUUGUUGAAUGUCAGGUAUCUGGUGACCCUCAGCCCACCGUGGUGUGGUACCGAGACAACAAUGAGGUCGGCAACACCGCCAAGUUUCGCAAAAUGGCCAACAACAACUUGGUGAUCGGCAAGAUUCAGCUACAAGAUUCCGGGAUUUACACAUGCGAGGCGUCUGUGGCGAGUGACGGGCGGUUUGCUGAACGAGACAUCCAGGUGUCUGUACUGUACCCGCCAGCAGUGUUCAUGGACACGCCGGACACGGUGGGAGCUGUGGCCGGCUUCACCGUCAACAUCAGCUGCAGUGCCCGCGGGAACCCUGCCCCGCAGAUGGCCUGGUACCGGGACGGGCGGGAGCUGCUUCCCUCGGCUGACGGCAGCAUCAGAAUCUACACAGCGGAUGGUGUGAGCAUCCUUGGACUUAAAGUUAACAGCUCUAAGUGGUAUGGAGAAUACAACUGUACGGCAUACAACGGAUUAGGUAGCGUGUCCAGGAACAUCAUCCUUCGGGAAGCAGCUGUCCACCCGCCUACCGACCUGCAAGUCUCACACGUGACUGCCCAUGAAGUCACCAUCCUGUUCCAGAAGUCGUACAGUGAUGGAGUCCCCGUCACGCACUACGUCGCAGAAAUCAGCAGCUCCAGCGGAGAUCUGUCCUCCCGGGUGGGAGAUGCUGCGGUGCUGACCAUGACUGUGGACGGACUGGCUGAGAACACUUCCUACAGCGUCCGUCUGCGAGGCGUCAACAUAGCAGGCGCCAGCGAUGCGUCCGCGUCUCUGAAAUUUACAACCCUUCCCGAAGACCCGAACCCAGGUGCUCCUGUUGUCUUGAGUCAUAAAAUGGGUACAGAUGCUGCCGCGUACGAACUCAGGGCUUUGGUCCCCACUGAUCCUGCAGACCCUGUCACAGACUGCACCGUGUCUUACCGGCAAACCCGCACCAACAAACUUCGGCAUCAGUGGAAUAAUGUCACCUUACCCUGCAGCAGGAACGAUAGUAUCGCGACCGUUUUAAUCACAGGUCUGCAGUCUAACACGGAGUACGAGGGAAGAGUUUACGCCAGGAAAGCUUCAGGAACUGUAGGAAUCACUGACUUCAUCUUCAGGACGCAGGCUGAGGUGACAGCCGAGCAGGUGGGCGGUGUGUCGGCUGGAGGGACCGCGGCUAUUGUCAUCGUCGUGCUGCUGAUCCUCAUCAUACUGGUUGAUGCCACGUGUUGUGCCCUGGGAAAAGGGGGCGCCACACUCUUCAUCUGGAACAGAGUCCGAGGCAGCAAGAGCAUCCCUAUAAAGAACGAAGAGGCACCCGUGGAGGAGGUGGAGACCACCCUCUCAGCAGAGGUCCGGCCCAACCAGAGUCCCACCACCGAGGACGGCUCAGGGCAAGAUGUCAAGAAAGGGAAAGCAGUGAAAUUAGGUCAACUUGCGCAUUGGUGGAGCGAGUUGAAGCGCGCUCGGUACCAGGGCGGCGCGGAGCCAACUGAUGCCGCUGGAAAGGUGCCUGAGAAAUCCUGCCAAGACGCAAAUGUUGGAAAUGGCGGAGUGAUGGAAGUUAGCGACCCUCCUCAGGAUCCAGUGGCUCAGAACGAAUCUAAGACAGCCGACAUUGAUGCAGGAAACGCCGAGGAAGAGAAACCGGAGGCGGGGACGACAGCCGGAGACACAGCUGCGACAGGACAGCCUGACGUGGUCGGAGGGGCUGACGUCGCUGAGAGCACCGAGACGACCUUACUUCUGGAUGAGACCAAGCAAGAGGACGCCCCAGAGGACCGACCGAACAGCCUAGCAGUCUAGUUUGUACAGCUUUGAGUAAUACAAUUCAAAUGUACCUUAACUAAGGACAUUAUGUCCUUGCCAAUUCAAUGUUCUUUUCACCUUUAUAUGAUGUUAGCAUAAGUAAUACGUGAAGACAAUGUAGCCAUGUUGACAAUGAUUUUAUGAACAUAUUGAAUUUGACGAGCUAAUGAAGGAAAGUUAAGAUGUCGAAAACCCCGUGUUAACAUCAAGGGUAGAACUACAAUUAAUGCCUGUUCCGACAUUGUGCUUUUCUGUAUUCUGUUGUAGUAUUUCGGUUAGUGAGUUGUUUGGCUGUUGUCACUGUUAUAUUGUAUUUUAUUCUAGUUAUACCUACUUGUCUUAGUGCAAUGUAAGAUACUUUCUCACAAUAUGCAACCAUGGGGAUGCUGUACGGUAGGCGUGUGUAUAAACUAGCAAACAUGUCGUUUAUAAAAACUUGUAUAACGCCU